GACUCCCUGAGAGGACAGAGCCCCCCUAGUGGCAGCUCCGGCGGCUGGUGUAGCAGCAGCGGCGGGCGGAGGAAGAAGAAGAGGCUGUGUCUGGAUUAGGGGGUUGGGCUGCCUGCUGGAAGGAAACCUGCCGCCAGACAUCCGCUUCUGUCUCCGGCGGUGCAGCGUUGCUUUCCCGCAUCAGCAUCAUCAUCAGCAUCAGCAGCAGCAGCGACACCGCAGCGCAGCCUCCAGCCAGCCUCACCUGCUCCUCAUCAUCUGCGCUCCCUCCGCCUCUGUGACCAGCCUCAGACACUGCAGCAGCACGGAGGCAUCGGACGGACGGACAAGGACGAGCAGCUGAGCAGCAGCAGUCUUCAGGGAAAUAAGGGAAUAUAACGCACGGCCGGUGAAAGAUGGUGAAACUAGGGAGUAAUCUUCAAGACAAAGGGGCCAAACCUGUGAGCGUGGAGGACGGCUUCCAGAACGUGCCCCUCAUCACUCCGCUGGAUGUUGGCAGCCUCCAGAGCCAAGCACCUGACAAGGUGGUGGUGAAAACUCGUACAGAGUACCAGACAGAGAAGAAGAGGCUGAAGGUUCCCAAGGUGGAGGAGUUCACCAUCAGCUUUACUGACGGGGUGUCAGAGAGACUCAAGGUGACGAUCCUGAUCAUCCUGGCUCUGGCCUUCCUCGCCUGCAUCGUGUUCCUGGUGGUUUAUAAAGCCUUCACCUACGACCACGCCUGCCCGGAUGGAUUCAUUUAUAAGCACAAGCGGUGUAUCCCAGCCUCUCUGGAGGCGUACUACGCCGCCCAGGACGCCAACUCGAGGGGCCGUUUCUACACAGUGAUCAGCCACUACAGCAUGGCCAAGCAGACCACCUCGCACUCCGUCUCCCCCUGGCUGCCUGGAGGGGCGGGAGGGCAGCAGCACGACGCGAAGCCCCCGAGCGGCGAGGGCCACUGAGCCGCCCGGCGGGUCCGAGGGUGUCGCAGACACGUACAGACAACACAUGCAGACACGCAGACACGCAGACACACGAGAACAAGUAGGUGAAUAUGUAGAAAUAUAGACAAAAAGAGACGCACACAAACACGACAGCUGCAUAUAUAAUGCCAAUAUAGAGUGAAAACAUGCAUGCAGACAUUAAACCACACAAGCACAUCACAGCGAGAUCAUACUCUGAUUCACCUUGACUGCAUCUGAACCAUUUCUCUUUGCUGACACACACACACACACACACACACACACUCUGCUCUCUCGUUACCAUGUCGACUCCCUUCCUUAUUUAUUAUUUAUCGACUUGUCAUGAUAUAUUUAUUUUUUAACCGUAACGUACGGAUGAUUUCUGUGUGAUUACCAGGCAACUCUUUGUACAAAGACAAGCGCCAGUGCUGAACUGCAGCCUUCCUUCCCGUUUGUAGAGAUUCUUUUACUUUUUAUUUUCAAGUGUGUUUACUGGCGUUACUGUAGAAUCAGACACACACACACACACACACACACACACACACACACACACACACACACACACACACACACACACACACACACACACACACACACACUCUAGUAUUGCUGUAACACAUUUACAAAACAAAGUUCUCUCUCUGAGGAAGGUUUGACGGCAGUGAGACACGUCCUGAGUUGAUUGAAUGAAUCUUUUCCAUCAUGGCUGUUUGAUGGCUCAUCUUCAGACAUUUCAAUGUGCUGUGCUAUAACAUUUUAAAUCCUGAGACCCCCCUCGCCCUCCCUGGUGACCCGAGCUGUACAUACACCUGUGCGUUCAGGCUAGUUUUCUGUGUGUGUUUGCAUCGUAGUAGCUUUAAUUAGCAGAUUUUUCCUUUUCUGUUUUUCUUCUUUGGUUACAUAUUGCUUCUGCGGCCGGUCUUGUAGCUCCCUCGAACACGAUGUUGCAGAUGGAAAAGGAAAUACUGUGCAUAUCACCGUCUCUUGCCAAAACUCUUUGUUGUGUUUUGGUAUGUUUUAUCAAUGGGCUUCGACUGCAGCCGGGUUCUGUUACUCUACAGUCAUUUUUUCAUUUUGUAACGUUGGAUCUGUUGUCAAGAGCGCUUUUAUGAGAUAUUGUGAUGUUGUUAGUUGAUAUGUAGCGAUACUUGAUGUAAUUUAUCAGUGUGCAUCCUUGUCUCUUGGUUUGAAUUCAAAAUAAAAACAAGCUGUGACCUGU